UGCGUGAUUGAAGCGGUGUGGUUAGUUGUCAAACUGGAGUUUAUGAUGUUGGAAGUAUGUGUGUUGUGAAAGUUAUUUCGUGUUUAUUUGUGUCAGUUCUGUUUUUUGGAAUGACGAAUCGUUGCAGAUGAUGGUUGGAAGACAUGGGCAGGACUAGAAGGAGAAUUUUGUUGAUCCUGUGGAUGUUAUUUUUGUGUAUCAUGGGUGCUGCGUCAACAGUUCACGAAAUUCAUGUAUUAAUCUUUGUGCAGACUGUGGAGAGCAGAAGGAUUGCUUAAGAUGUGAUGUAGGCAAGGGGUCAAACAAUGGUGACGACUCAUGGACACCACGAUGCGUCAAAUGCGCCCACCUUAUCGUAAUGGGAUCCCGGCAGUGUGUGGACAAAUGUCCUACCGGUUAUCAUGAAGAGUGGUCUAAUUUUGUAUCCUAUAUGGGAAGAAUCUGCUAUGAGACUGGAUUUUUUGGACUCACAGGCCAGACACUGGCCAUUGUUGUGGGCACUGUAAGUGGUGCAGCUAUCUGCAUGGGUGUCCUGCUUGGAAGUUUCCUAUACUUGCGAAAUCGGAGACAUAGGAUUUCGAAGACAAAGAUUGUCUCCACAAACCAUGCACAUAAUGGAUCUCUGGAUCCUGAUACAUCAGAGAGGAGGGAGUUCAUGAAACAUUUGGCUGCACUUCGAUGUGAAGCACCUGUUUUCUUAGCCAUGUUGAAUGACACCCGACGACAGGUGCGAGAAUUGUGUCAUACAAGUGGCCAUGGAGAUUCAGCUAUUCAAGCUUACAGACCAGUGCUGACAGAUCUGGCAAGGAUCCUUACACUUCUAAACCGACCAGAUCAUCUCUUACUGUCACCCCCAUCUGACUGGGAGAAACUCUUGGCUUGGGGAGAGCGUGUGCUGCGAAGAUAUAAGAAGCAGAAUCCUCAUCAGGUUACACAGGCCCAGCUGGUCAAUUUUCUCCAAGUCCCAAUCCAAACAAAUCAGACAUCAACACAAUCCAUUUAUGUGAAUCCAGAACCAAAUCAUCGGUCACUCACAACAUUUCAGCCUGUUGCAGCGAACACUUCAGAAAGAGAUAAAUAUGUCAGUGAUCAAAAUAACCAAAACUCUCACACAGGAAUGCCAGCAAACCAGAGCCUGCAAGAGCUUGCCAUCUCAACGUUUGACAGCAAUUAUAACAAUGCCCAUUUAGCAGGAAGCGAUGCUCUUCUGAGGAGAGAUACAACAAUGUUACAACCAUCUCUUAUCAAUGGGGACUUUAACCCAUGCUGGGAAUUCAAUCCAGCCAAUUAUACAAUCCUUGCUGAGUGGUCUGCAAGCAGGGAUUAUCUCGAUGAAGAUGACUUUUUCACCCUUGGCUUCCGCCCACAAGAUGAGAUCACCACUGAACUUUGAUAUUGCAUUGUAUCUUUACAGAAAAGUAUUUAUAUACUAUUUGCUGGAUGCUUACCAGCAUGGCUGUUGGUAUGAACUACACAUGUAGAGUGUUCUGUUACUCAUCCAACCCCCUAUGUAUAUUAUGGCAUAGUCAUGAUUGAAGAUUUGACAGCCCUGUUUCUUGUAUCUGAGAAUAUGUUUCAGUGACAUCUGUGCUUGAACAUAGUGCCUUUGUAAUCAGAACAGCACAGUUAGGGCUCUCACAGCGGGGACAGAGGC